CUGAUUUCCGUAUGUAGAAUGAGCAGACACGCCGCACCGAGAGGCGCACGCUGUACGGAAGCUUAGAGGCAAAGUGAAAUUCUUUCCGAAACGUGUCCACUGGUGUUUAGUUAACUACAACCGCCACGGGGGAACAAUGAGAUAAACUCGACAGGAAGAUGCGAGAAGCUCGCCGGUGGGUAGAAGGGAGCAAGUUUGUAACGGAAACGAGGAACGCUCCUGCCUGCCCCUCCCGCCCCCCCCCGCCAUGGAUGAGCACGCCUUGCUGGGACUGAACCCCAACGCUGACGCCCCUCACCGCCAGCAGGCUCUGGCCUACUUUGAGCAGCUGAAGGAGUCGGCUGAUGCCUGGCAGGUGUGUGCGGAGGCCCUAGCCAAGAACGUUUACAGCAGUGACCAUGUGAAGUUCUUCUGUUUCCAAGUUCUUGAGCAUCAGAUCAAGUUCAGACACACGGGCCUCAGUCCCGCCCAGCAGCAGCUGAUCAGAGAAACACUGCUGAAAUGGCUGCAGUCACAGUUAAUGAGCGCUCAGCCGCAGAAGGUCUUCAUUCGCAACAAGGCGGCGCAGGUGUUUGCUCUGGCCUUUGUGACGGAGUACCUCACCCAGUGGCCCGAGUUCUUCUCGGACGUCCUGUCUGUGGUUGGGCUGAACCCGCGGGGGGCGGACCUGUACCUGCGCACGCUCCUGGCCAUCGACGCCGAGGUGGUGGACCGUGACAUCACGCACUCCGCCGAGGAGACGCGCCGGAACACGCUCAUUAAGGACACCAUGCGGGAGCAGUGCAUCCCCGCUCUGGUGGAAUCCUGGUACCAGAUCCUGCAGGCCUAUCAGCACACCAACCCUGAGCUCACCUGCCAGUGCCUGGAGGUGGUGGGCACCUACGUGUCCUGGAUCGACCUCGCCCUCAUCGCCAACGACCGGUUUGUGACCCUGCUGCUGAGUCACAUGUCCGUGGAGGUCCUGAGAGAGGAGGCCUGCGACUGCCUGUUUGAAAUCGUCAGCAAGGGCAUGGACCCCGUGGACAAGACCAAGCUGGUGGAGUCCCUGUGCCAAGUGCUGCAGUCCGCUGGCUUCUUCAGCGUGGAGCAGGAAGAGGACGUGGACUUCCUGGCCAAGUUCUCCAGGCUGGUGAAUGGCAUGGGCCAGUCGCUGGUGGUCAGCUGGUCCAGACUGGUGAAGGUGGGCGACUGGGAGGGUGCCCAGGUGACCCUGCGGUCCCUGGAGGGCAAGGUGCCCCUCACCCUGCAGCUGCUGGCCCACGAGGACGACGACAUCUCCGCCAACGUCGUGGGCUUCUGCUACGACUACCUGCACGUGCUCAAACAGCUUCCACAUCUUGCAGACCAGCAGAAAACCAACAUUGAGGCUAUAAUGUUAGCUGUCAUAAAGAAACUGACAUAUGACGAAGAAUACAACUUUGAAAAUGAGGGGGAGGACGAGGCCAUGUUUGUGGAGUACAGGAAGCAGCUGAAGCUGCUGUUGGACCGUGUGGCCCAGGUGUCUCCAGAGCUGCUGCUGGAAGCUGUGCAGCGGGUCUUCACCUCGACCAUGCAGCACUGGCAGGCCGCGCCCUUCAUGCAGGUGGAGGUGGCGAUGCGGCUGCUGUAUAUGCUGGGCGAGGCGCUGCCCGCCCACCAGGGGGCGCACUUCUCCGGGGACGAGGCCAAAGCCAGCGCCCUGCAGGGCAUGAUGAGAACGCUGGUCACCUGUGGGGUGAGUGAGUACCAGCACGUCUCCGUGACGCUGGAGUUCUUCGAAACGGUCGUGCGCUAUGACAAGUUCUUCAUGGUGGAGCCCCAGCACAUUCCAAACGUUCUGAUGGUGUUUCUGGAUCACCGAGGCCUCAGACACAGCAGCCCCAAAGUGCGCAGCAGAGUGGCCUACCUCUUCUCCCGCUUCAUCAAGACCCUGCACAAGCACAUGAACGCCUUUAUUGAAGACAUCUUGAACAGGAUACAGGACCUUCUGGAACUUUUGCCUCCGGCGAACGGGUGCCCGCCGGCCCUGACCAGCGAUGACCAGUUGUUUGUGUUCGAGGCGGCGGGGGUGCUGGUCGUGAGCGGCGAGGGCGGGGCGGACAGGAAGGGGGCGCUGAUGCGGAAGCUUCUGGAGCCGCUGCUGGAGCGCUUUGGGCUGGUGCUGGCGCAGCUGCAGCGCGAGCGGGACGAGGAGCGGCAGGCCGCGCUCGCCGACCGCCUCAACCACGCCGUGGGGUUCGCCAGCCGCACCAGCAAGGCCUUCAGCAACAAGCAGACGGUGAAGCAGUGCGGCUGCUUGGAGGUGUACCGCGACUGCCUGGAGGUCUUCGUGCCCGCGCUGAGCUGCCCCGUCCAGCGGGGGGCACUGCGGAGCGGCGUGCGCUCCUUCCUGCACCGCAUGAUCAUCUGCCUGGAGGAGGAGGUGCUGCCCUUCAUCCCCGCCGCCUCCGAGCACAUGCUGAAGGACUGCGAGGCCAAGGACCUGCAGGAGUUCAUCCCCCUCAUCAAUCAGAUCACCGCCAAGUUCAAGGGCCAGGUGUCCCCCUUCCUGCAGCAGGUCUUCAUGCCGCUGGUGCAGGCCAUCUUCGAGGUGCUGGGCCGGCCGGCCGAGCAGAACGACCAGACGGCCGCGCUGGAGAAGCAGAUGCUGAGGAGGAGCUACUUCGCCUUCAUCCAGGCCAUGGCCGGCAGCGGCAUCAACGAGGUCAUAGCCAAUCAGGGGGUGGAGAACAUUGAGCGGGUGCUGUUCACCAUCAUACAGGGAGCGGUGGACAUCCCCGAUCCUGUCGCUCAGAAGACCUGCUUCAUCAUCCUGUCCAGGCUGGUGGAGCUCUGGGGGGGUAAAGAUGGUUUGGUUGGGUUCCCCGACUUCAUCUACAAACACAUUGUCCCAGCAUGCUUCCUGGCCCCGUUGAAACCGACCUUUGACCUGUCCGAUGCCCAGACGGUUGUGACACUGUCCGAAGUUGCUCUCACUUUGAAAAUGAUUCAUCUCAAGAGGGGGCAAGAGUUCCUCCUGUAUCUGCAGCAGGAAUACCUGCCUUCUGUGCACGUCACACCCGAAAUCACACAGGAACUGUGUCAAGUGCUUCAGCAGCCUGAUUCAAAGGUUAUAAAAAGUUACAUGAAGGCGUUCUUUCAGCGAGCCAGACUGUAAAACUGGGACGUCAGGGAACCGCACUGGAAGGAGGAGCGGUCGUCGGUGCCAUUUCUUUAAAGAACAAAAAGGCUCAGCAGAGGAAUCGUUUUUGCACUUGAGAAUUUGCGUACGGGUGUCCGAUCUGUCCGUCAAGGAUGAGGCCGCCUGGGAGUAGGAGGAGCCACUACUUCCCCGAGGCUCCGCCCCUGCCACCUGAUUCGCAGUCGGACAGGUGAAGCACGCGAGGCUCUGCGGGCACUGGGCUGGCUCGCAGUAGGAGGGCUGCAGGCACUGGUGACCCCUGCUGGGAGACAGAAUGUGAACUUUGGAUUCUGGGCAGUCAGAAAAUAGAUGUUGUGAAAAAGUUUUUCUUUUUUUCUUCCUCUUUUUCAUCGGUCGCUGUGGCCUAAUUGGGUAAUACGAGGUAUUUGAGCCAAUGUUGCUUUGUUAUAUAUUAAAAGUCUUUUGAACUUUUAGAGCUACUUUAUUUUUAUUUUUUUGCUGCCUCUGUUUGAAUUUUUUUGAGACAUUGAGCUAAUAUCUAGAUCGAAUGGUUUGCCUUCAGAUGUGACCUUUCAGGUUUGUUUUACAAGGGACAAAGUUUGUUCUUCUUUUAAUUUAAGGACAAUACCAGUUUUAUGUUGUGACCAAUUGUUACAUUUAGCACGGGCAACAGUAUUUUUUUUUUUUUACUCUGGUAUUUUGACAAUCUGCCUUCCCAUGUACAGCUGUCCUCUGGGUUGUCUGCAUGGCUUAACGCGAACGAGCAAGUGACCGUGUGCCACCGACAGUGUUAACAGCAGUUGUGUUUAUGAAUAAACCGUUAGAUUUGUUCACGCUAUGAUUACAGUGUGGAUAUCCAUAAUGGAUUACUCAGAAAUGGUUCACAUCUUGAAAGUAGAAAUAAGAGAGUGUAAAUUUACCUUUCACGCCCACCCAAAUCUAAAUUGAGACAUUUUGCGCAUAUAUGGUCACAUGCUUUGCAGACGGACUUGAGUAAACUUGAAGGGGUAACCUCUCGUUUUAGAGGUUCUAUGAUGUCAUUUAUUUGAGAUGAAGAAAUAUGAAAUAUGUGAAAAUUCUGGACUGCUGAAUGGAUGCCCUGCCUACUCAUUAAAAUUCUCAUGAAUUAUUGUUAGAAAA